CUGAUAUGUCACGACAGCUUCACGCGUGUCUUGUUCGCUAUUUCGCACGUUUAGAAAAAUUGGACGAUAAAUGGAAAGAAUUAUCAGAGAGAGCUGAAAGGCCGCUCGAGGCUCUCGCUAAUCAAGCCGAACAAUUCCGACAUGUCACAAAUGUAAAAAUAAAUGAGACGGAGAAUAGCGUGGAUGAGGAGACGCGGGAAAGAUUGAUAUUCAAAAUCCUAAUGGGCCUCGAAGAUGAAAUUACGCUUCUCCUCGAUAUCUUGACGCAAUUUAAUGACGCCAAUCAAGAUUUAAAGAAUUAUUUAGUCAAUUUGGAAAACGCGAGAAGCCAAGUAUCUUUUAAGGAUGAAACGAUGCAAGAACUAAUUAAAGGAACGUCUUAUCGACCAGCGCUCAAUUUGCUUCUAGAAUGGGCAGUGGAGGGUUUCCAGUUCUAUGAUAACAUGUACCUUUGCAUCAGAGACUGCAUGAAAUCGAUCGAUUACAAAACGGAAGAAACUAUUGAUAAUCUGAUCUCUUCUUUUGUGGAAGAACAGCGUGGGAGGAGAAAUAUAAAUAAGAUACUCGCUUUUACGCAAUUCCUAGCUAAGGAGACUCCUCGUUAAGGAGGCGAAAAUAUGUGGAAGCUAUAAAGAAGCAUAAAAGAGCCAAACAAAAAAUAUUUUAUAUCCUUAUGGAUAUUAUAACAUAUUUCACAUGUAGAACUACUUUUAUAAUAAAAUUUUUU